AAUGAGCUGUGUGUGUCUCUCUGUCUCCUUGUCUUUCCUUCGAGUUUGUUCCAGUUCUUUAUCCAUUUUACCUGUACUCUUACUUUCCUCAAAUGAAACUUCUCAUGGAAUUCCUUUCUUCGGGAUUGAUUUAACUUUUUAGUCAGAGGUAGGAGCUUCAUUUUAACUUCGGGGAGUUUGUUUUACUUUUUUUUUUGCAUCACCGGUCUCUCGCUCUGCUCCUGCCUGGAAAAUGUCUAUCCCUGGCCAGCCCGUGGCUCAGUUCGCCGUCUGGGAUUAUGUCGUGUUCAUUCUCAUGUUGCUGGUGUCGGUGUCCAUUGGAGUCUAUCACGCGAUUAAGGCCAGGAGGCAGCAAUCCAACCAGCAGUUCUUGCUGGGAGGCAGAGAGAUGCGGGCAUUGCCUGUUGCCAUGUCACUCACUGCCAGCUUCAUGUCAGCUGUCACGGUGAUUGGGACGCCAUCAGAGGUCUAUCGCUACGGAGCCAUCUUCUUGGUCUUCUGCAUCAGCUACACAAUAGUUGCCAUUGCCAGUGCUGAAAUCUUCCUGCCCAUAUUCUACAGGCUCAACAUUACCAGCACCUAUGAGUAUUUAGGAUUAAGAUACAACAAAGCAGCUCGGUACAUUGGGACCUUUCUCUACAUCAUUCUAACAGUGCUCUACACUGGCAUUGUCAUUUAUGCCCCUGCAUUGGCCUUGAAUCAGAUAACUGGAUUCAAUCUCUGGGGAGUUCUUGUUGCUACGGGGCUUGUCUGCACCUUCUAUUGUACUCUGGGUGGUCUGAAGGCCGUGGUAUGGACGGAUGUGUUCCAGAUGCUCAUAAUGAUCUCGGGCUUUUUGGCUGUGAUAAUACGAGGUUCGGUUGUCCAAGGAGGAUUUCAACGGAUCUGGAAUAUCUCUCAAGAAGGAGGCAGACUCAACUUCUGGGACUUUGACCCAGAUCCGUUAAGACGUCAUACAUUCUGGACAAUUGUGGUUGGUGGGAGUUUCAUGUGGACGGCGAUCUAUGGCAUCAAUCAGUCUCAGGUCCAGCGGUAUCUUGCCUGCAGAAGCAUGGGUGAGGCUAAACUAGCUCUCUACCUCAACAUGGUCGGCCUCUGGCUGACAGCUGUGUGCGCAGUGCUAAGUGGGUUGACCAUGUACUCCAUCUACUACCAGUGCGACCCAAUAACAGCAAAGCAAGUCAGAGCUGUAGAUCAGUUGCUCCCAUAUCUGGUGAUGGAUUUUCUGGGAGAUUAUCCUGGAGUUCCGGGACUCUUUGUUGCAGCUGUAUACAGUGGGACUUUGAGUACAGUCUCCUCCAGCAUCAACGCACUGGCUGCUGUCACAGUGGAGGACAUCCUCAAACCCAACUUCACCUUGUCUGAGAAGAAACUGGCUUGGAUCACUAAGGGCCUCAGUCUCAUGUUUGGAAUCAUCUGCAUUGGAAUGGCUGCAUUAUCCUCCUUGAUGGGAGCUGUGCUCCAGGCUGCUCUCACAAUAUUUGGGAUUAUUGGAGGUCCACUGCUUGGAUUCUUUCUCUUGGGCAUGAUCUUCCCUUGCGCCAAUUCAACUGGUGCGAUAUCUGGCCUCGUUGUCAGCUUUGUGGUGACGCUCUGGGCUGGGAUCGGAGGGCAGAUCUACCCUCCGUCCGAUGAUAAAACACGGCCCCUUUCCGUCAGCAUCGAGGGGUGUCUGUUCAACGUCACUGAGCCCACGGGGACGGCCACUGUAAGCACCUGGACAACAAUGAGCCAAGUUACAGAGCCGGACUUCAGACCAGGAAUCGCCAACACGUGGUAUUCACUCUCCUAUCUCUACUUGAGCCCAUUAGCAACCUUGAUUGUUUUGAUUAUUGGGCUCAUCGUCAGCUUUCUAACAGGAAAAAGCAAGCAGGAGGUGGAUGAGAGGCUCCUGAUCACGAGGAAGAGUCUGGUGUGCUAUUCCUACUUUAGCAACAAAGAUGAUCACUCAGAGGUUAAAGACGUCACGGAGAAGACACACAAGGAAGAAGAUAAGGGCCAGGAAAAUCCCGCCUUCAGUCAUCCAGAGGUCAACUGUUCGGAGAAACAGAAUCCCAUCCUAUCCACAACAUAUUUAUAGACAAUAUAUGUUUCACCUUUCAACACAAUUAUAUUGCAUGAAGUAUUUCCCAAGUUGGGGAAUUUUAUUCCUUUUCAUACCAUGCAUUCCAUGUAUUGGCUGGAACAUAUAUGAGUUGGGUUUACCGACUAUCUUAAUGAAGUUCUGCUGAGCUGUCUCACUAUCCCCCUUCACACACACCCCACUUACUGAACUAUGAAUGUUUCCACUGCAUUUCAAUGAGACAAUCCCACCAUAAACAGCUCUGAGGAUUUUUUUGGCAUUUAAUUUUAACUAACUGUUGCCUGUGAGUGAAAAGUUGAUAAAGACUUUAUUGAACA